CUCAAACACGUGUUUGUUUCCUCUCGGGCUGCAUGUUGUGGUCGGCUUGGGGGACUCAGAGCAGAAAACAAUCAAAUAAUUCAAAUAAUUACCGAGUGUCAGCGAUUGUCGAUCAGAUAUGACGAAGGUGAAGAAGGAAAAGGCCGCUGCGGACGGAGAGGAAGCCGCCGGAGGGACCGAGAAGUCCUACCAGGAGCUGAUCGCUCACCUCAACCCGAUCUCUCAGCCGCUGGCCUCCAGAAAACUUAGCAAGAAGCUCUACAAAUGCGUCAAGAAAGCUGCCAAAGUGAAAAACAUCCGGAGAGGAGUGAAAGAAGUUCAGAAGUUCAUCAACAAAGGAGAGAAAGGCAUCGUAGUGUUGGCAGGCGACACGCUGCCCAUCGACGUCUACUGCCACCUGCCCAUCAUGUGUGAGGACAGAAACCUGCCGUACGCCUACGUCCCGUCGAAAGUGGAUCUGGGCUCGUCUGCCGGCUCCAAGCGUCCGACCUGCGUCAUUCUCAUCAAGCCUCACGAGGACUAUCAGGACGCCUACCAGGAGUGUGUGGACGAGGUGUCCAGCCUGCCCAAGCCGCUCUGAAUCAACCAAUCAGAUGGCAGCUCCGCCCUCGUCGCUGUGACCCUCGCCGUAAGGGAGCAAAAUGCUAACAGUACCCACCUGAAUCCAGUAUUUGUGCUAAGCUAGGCUAAUGACCGCCGGUGUGUUUGUCGUCUAAAGAAGAGCGACGCCUCACUGCUGGAUAAGAACAUUUGACCAAGAAGUGUCGCUUUAUUUUCUUAUGAAACAAAUCAAAGUCAUACUAAUGUUGAUAUUCGAACAGAAGGUUUGUUUUUCUACUGAUCACUUUGAGUUUGUUGAAUAAGUUUUUAUUCUUGAUUGAAGCAGAUGUUUUUUUUUUAUUAAAUGACGUGUGAACAAACCAGA